AUGGGUCUACUGGCAGGUUGCGGUAGCCAAGAGAGGACGAGUACAUACUCCAAGCUAAACUUUAACCUAUUGACAGACUACACUAAGCCAUUCCUGUUCCCGAUAAGCAUAUCGAACCGACGCUAUAAUCUUGUCAAACCUCUGAUGGAGAACGGUGCGUCAUCUGAGGGCAAAGAUCCCUCUGCCUUCCUGAGUGAAAUUAUCGGCGCGCCUGUGACUGUGAAACUCAAUUCUGGUGUCGUCUACAAAGGCCAACGCUCAGACUUUGCCUUAGGUGAACUGCAAUCAGUUGAUGGUUAUAUGAAUAUUGCUUUGGAGAAGACUGAAGAAUAUGUCAACGGACGAUUGAGGCGGAACUAUGGGGACGCUUUUGUACGUGGAAAUAAUGUUCUGUACAUCUCAGCGAGCUAG